CGACGAUAAUAACAGCUCAUUCAUUUCAUUCAGUUCGCGCUCGCACCCGGGGAAGGCCGCAAGCCCGCCACUGGCACCGGCAAACACCCACCCACGCCAGCGUCCACGGCAGCAUCUGCCACUUGCGAAAGAACAACAGAGGACGUGGAGUGGAGCUGUGGACUGAGCCGAGCUUGCUAGCCAGUAGCCACCGAUGGGGCUCCACGUGCUGGUGGCGUUCGCGGCGGCGAGGGGCUUCGCGCAGGUGCUCCACGUCUCGGCGCGGCUGCUGUGGCCGCUCAACACCUGGCUGCCGCUCGCUCGCCACCUGCCGGAGGCCUGCGCCGUCGUCUGCGGCGCGCUCGCCGCCCACCUCGCCUGGCUGCGCCGCGCCUACGCGCGCGGUGGCACCGUCUGGGGCCUCCGAAGCCGCGACGACGACGACGUCCUCCGCCAGGCGCUGCUCGACGUCUUCUACUGACCGAGAUGCGGGCAGAGCGCCGCCCGGUGGUGGCGCUCGCUGCUUCCCUUGCUGUUGCUGUGGCGUAGGAAAUUCAUGGUUUAGACGCUGUUUCAGCUUAUUCUAUUGGUUUCUUGUUCACUUGUAUUUACCGAGAUGCGUGGUUUAUAAAUAAUCUGCAGUUGUAGAACUGAUCUGUAAAAAGAGAUGAAUUCUGCUAGAAGUGGCGGAUCCUCUGUUUCGGGAUGCUGCGAUCAGCGAUUUCUUCUUAUGAGAGUAUAUUUUUUUUUCUUCUAAAGACUAAUUCGCAAAAUAGUUGUCGACUUGGAGUAGCAACACCGACAAUCGACACUGGCUUAAAGAUUUACAGUCACAGGUAAAAUGAGGUUAACUCCAUUCAUGAGUACACUGAGCCAGUUCGGCAGCUCCUUCACUCAUAUCCACUUUUUGGAUCAUCCUACAAUCAUCACUAACUAACUGAUAACCGAUGAACGAAGGGCAUAAAACCUUUAUUUGUCAAUUUGUCAUGCUAUCCAGAGUAGUAUGAACUAUGCUCGUGGCCGCAUCUGCAUUUCAUUCUGGUCAAUUAGUCAAUCAAAUGCACCCCUCAACAAAAAUGUUAAAAUAAUAAUCAAUCAAAUGCAAAAACUCCUCGACUAUUGAUCAAAUUCGUAAACGCAACAGUCUUAGGUCUGACUUUUGUGCUUUUUGUGGCGCUUGGGAAGAUCCUAACCGUAUUUUCUUCUCCUGCGAUUUGGCGAAGUUAAUGUGGAGUUGUAUCCGGUCAUGGCUCGAUGUCAACUGGUCCCCCUCUUCUUUUGUUGAGCUAUGUUCCGUUGCAAAUCAGUUGGUGGGACUGAAUAGAUGUUUAUUCCGGUUUGGCUUUUCUAGGAUGCGCUGGGUUCUUUGUACUACUAGAUUUUUUUUUUUUACUAUUGAUCAUAUCUUCCUUACCAAACCUGCUAACUGUUUGUUUAAAUUGGUAUCCUUUCUUCAGCAAUGGAAAUGAUCGACUAAGGAGACUGAUCGUGAUGCAAUGGAGCUGCUGAUCUCUAAAGUACGAACCAUGGCUUCAUCCCUUUCUCAGCAUGAUCAAGCUGCUCCUACAUGAUGCUCGAGUCUGCUUUUAUGUCAUUGCUAGUCUUCCUUCUGGCUGUUGGUAGUAGGUAGUUGGCCCGCGUGCCACUUAUUUCUGUAAAUUGUUUCUGUUGGCCCUUUUCAGUGGGGAUGUCUGAACUUCUGUUAUGUCUGUUGCUUGUUUGAAUUCUACUUAGUCACUUUUUUUUAUAAAGUCGGGUGUAUGCCUUUUUUUAAAAGAAGGAACACAUCCGGUUUACACACAAAUAAGACUUGCACAACCACACAUUCAAUACAAUUCAAGAAGCCAAAAGUGCUUUAGAAAGAUCAUGUUAUUAUUUGUGAUGGCAUAGAAGCAAAUGGCAGACUCGCCAGCCAGAAUCUUAAGCCUUCCAUGUGUAUUGCAAAGUACGUGUAAAAUGGUGUAGUAUUCAGCCUAGUUUGGUCCAAUAUCUCAAAUACUACAUCAGAGGUUUUUCCUCAGAAGAUUCAUCAAUUUUCUUGUGGGAAGAACUACAUAUACUUUGUUGUGAGAUUAUA